AACCAUCAUUAAUAACCACAAAAUAUAUACCACUUUUAAUUUAAGUAAGUUGUCAGUUCCUGCGCCCAGAAUUUUAAAUGUAACGCAUAAGCCGGCGCAUUAGAAACGAGUUGGCAAGGCUUGCGCGUCCAUUGCAAAAAAAAAAUUCCUUCACAGAGUUACAAUUAACUAUGACAAGCUCGUAAUGUCAGCCGUAAAAACAGUGUCUGUAGGAAAAGUGUGAAAGAAAUUAGUGAAUAGUUUGUGGGUGUUUUGUGUACGUGCAUUUACCGUAUUAUUUCCAAUAGCUUUGCGGCUUUUCAAAGUGCUCGCUUCGGUAUUCGUUUUCCCCGCACCCAAGCCGCAUUUGCGACGCCGCUUGGAAAAUGUCGCUGGAUGGCGGCAGGUUGCGCUACGAGGACGAAAAUGGUAAAACCGUGGUUCUGGCAGCCAAAGGGCGCACCUUCCAGGUGGGCUCCUACUACAAUUGCGACCUCAUCCUGGAGGGGCCAGAGGAGGAGCGUCUAAUUUGCGAGAUUAACUGCGAUGCCUUCGGCAGGGUCAUCAUAUACAACAAGUCCAGCGGAGAUCCCAUUCAUCUCAACGACGUGGCCAUCCAUGCUUCAGGCAAGCGUCCUUUGCUACACGGUGGCAAGAUUACUAUUCGAGAGAAGGUCUACACUUGGGAGUUCCCGAAGUGCUCCGAGGUGCAGGAAGCCCCAUGCACCCCAGAACGCCUAUUGCCCAAAGAACAAGCGUCAAACUCUUGCCCUUCAUUGAAGCAAUCGCAUCGUCUACAAGCCGAAAAACGCCUGACAGUUCACAAUUUUCACUAUAGCAUCAAUUCGGACGACGAAGGAAAUACUUCUAUAGAGUCUCGUGAUCAGAGUGAGUCUCACUUGGAGGAUGUCUCACUGAAUGAAUCCAUUCAACACAGCACAGAGAAGACAGCUUACGAGUCCCCCAAAGUAAAUCUUCUAGAGGCUACGCAGAAUAAGGAGAAUACCGCAACGCCACCAGGUAGCCACCAGAAGCUACUAAAGCUGUGCGCCAUCUCCGACGUGGUUAUUACCUCUUAUUCGCCGCGCGAGACUGGCGUUAAGACCGAGAAAUCCUUUUCAUGUGUGCGAAAACCUGGCUACACCACGACGUCUUUGGCAGUUUCCACGCCCAAGAGCAUAUACAGCACCCCCAAGGGCAAUGUGCUCUCUGAACUAAACGAAGACAGCUGCAGCCGAGAUCUAAUGGACUUUAGCACGCCAUCCACCUCAAAGAAGACCAAGCGGGAUUCGUCUAUGUUCCUGAUAGAUCUGACCACCCCAUCAAAGCUACGACAAACACCCAAACAUUCGCAUGCAUUCAAGCUCACACCCAAACAGACGCCUAUCAGUGUAGACAGCACCGACGAAUCAUCAGAUGCAUCCCCAUUAGUCAUUGACAUAACUAACUCUGACACACCGCCAUCACCAAGCCCUUCGCAACGGUAUAAAACUCCUCAGCGUCCGGCUGGUAUCACCACACCCAAUAGAACGCCCCAUUCCCUGAUGAAACGAGCUAUGCUUACCAGCAUUAAAAAGCAGAUCGCCGCCAACCAACCAGAUAAGAAUACCCCCAUAGCCACUCCCAAGCGGACAUCUCUUCUGGAGGCUCGUCGCCACUGCCUGACUACGCCUCGGCGUUUGCCAUUCCAUCCACAUCGGCGUACGCCAGUCCAGCGAGAAGGGCAUACGAGAGGAAACGCACCCAAGACCUCGCCACGCAAACGUAUGUCACUAAUGGAGUCUCCCAGAGAGAACAAGGUCUCCCAGCUCAGAAAGUCGUUUGCGGCUGCCAAGCGUAGUCCCGGCGUUGACAAGAGCAACAAGCUCGUAGCCAGGGCACGUCGUUCGCUUAACUCGCCGAAAAGUGGCUCCCCUAAGCCUGGAUCAUCUAAGCCGUCAUCGCCAUGUCAAAAAAAAACAAUCGAUGUGUCCCAGAUCAAGAGCUCCACUCCGGAAAAACCGGACGAUUCUCAGGAUGAGCUGAGCCGCACGUUCACUAUAAUGCAUGAUACCCAAGGAAAGGAUCAGAGUGGCGCAGCAAUGACAAUUGAAGCGGUUACUGCUCUCAUCACUGGGGAAGUAGACGAUGAUGUAUCCUUUCAGCUGAGUUCCCUAAUUGAAAAGAGGCUUCCGUCAGUGAGCUCAGAAGAGCCUACACCUAUCCGAGACAAAGUUGAGCCGAUCGGGACAGAAUCAGAUGUGGAAGGCAAGUUAAAAUCUGCACAGGAAGAUGUGAAUCCUAAGCCAGAUGCGGCCAUACUCGACGAGAAUGAACGUGACAAACAUGAAUUUGAAACCGGCAAAAAUGAAGACGAAUGUAAAGAAAAAGAUGAUCUUCCAGUCGGCAAACAACUAGAGAAUGCUAUUAUUGAGGAUAACAUUUGCGAAGAGGUUCAUGCAAAUAUUCCUCAACAAACUAAGAAUUCUAAUUCUGAGAAAAUAAUCGAGGAAAGUAUUUGCGAAGAGCUGCCCUUGGAGAGUACUACUGGUAAUUCAAAUUCAACUGGAGGGACAUCUCAAAAAGAGAACCAACCAUCUCCAAAUGCAGAAACCCCCGUGGUUCGCAGGAGCUUGCGCCGUCAUUCUGUUGAGCAGAGGGUAGCGUCAACAACGCCACGGAGAAGCACUCGGCGAUCCUCGAUGGAGGCCAGCAGUAAGACAUUACCCGAGAAGGACAACAAGCGUUCUCGCCGUGCAUCCUGUUCAGCAAUGGACAGCCAAGUCGCUGUUACUCCCCGCCGCAAGCGGCGAUUUACGCAAGAAAUGUCCACACCAACGCGCCAAUCGUUGCGUAUUUUGAACACACCCAAGAGGGAACUUCAGAUGGAUGAAUCUGUGGGCGAUAUGGGAGUCAUAUUGGAAGAAGUUGGUUCCGAAGAUGAUAGUAAAUCUGUCAUCGCUGAUGACGAAAAUUAUGGCAACGAGCUGCCAGUUGAUGAUAUCGACAAGGUAGAUUUCCACGGCCUACGGGAUUUAUUGAAAACACCAAAAAGCUGCAGCACACCACGCUUUAAAGGGCUAAGGGAACUGAUGCGAACUCCGAAAAUUCCUGCCUCACCAAUUAUAGGAAAUAUGGCAGAACUAUUAGAAACCUCUGUUGGUAGGACUCCUUUCUACGAUAGAAGAAGCACUGCAGUAUCCCGCAUGGAGCAAGAAAAGCCUCUGGAAAAUGCCCUGAAGACGCCCAGUGCCCGGAAUAUCAUGGUGCCAAAUGAACCAGCUAGCGCAGUGUUAAAGUCUCGCAAGGAUUCUCUGGAGGCAGCCACAGAAUAUGAUCUGAAUGUGACGAACAACACAUUGCAUUUGGACAAGAUUUUCGAGGACGUGCCCGAAACGACUGGGGCCAAUAUGGAAGACACGGAAGAGAUAAAUGUGACAGCGAUCAGCACAGCGACUGGAGUUGAUCCUCUGGAUUCAAUAAAUCAGAACAAAACAGUGGCAUCAGAGGCACUGAUGAAUGUCGGGCAUACAGCCAAAGCGAACGCUUCCCUAAAAGAUCCUCUGACAAGCACCACCUACAAAGCUACCAUGCAUGCCAAUCCCAAUCUUAGCGCCUUUGCAGAUUGCGGCUUCAGGUCUAUUUCGCCCAACACAAACGAGAUGAGUGGAAUUCAGUUGUUGGACCAGACGUCGGACUCAAUGUUCUCCGAAGCACUAGUAGUUUCGGGCGUAGAGUCGUGUGAAGUCACCGUGGAUGAGACGAGGCCUUUAGGCCAGACCAAUCCACCUAUUGAUAACAUUGAGGAUCGCUCAGAUACAGACUCAAAUGUCGGCCUUACUGAGCCCUUGGUAUUUAGUGAUGAUGAGGAGGAGCCAAAGAAAUCGGAAGCAACUCCCAAACAGUCUGACGGUGCUCAGGAACCAUCUAUAGCCUACAAGCUUGAAGAAUCUGUCAAUCUGACGGAACACAACACUGUCGAUGAGAAUUCAAGGAAAGUCGAAACGGGUGCUAUCAGUGAAAUUUCAUUAAUUGAAGUGGAAGAUACCACAAUUGAGGGAAGUACUUGCGACGAAAAUCUCGAAGGUGGCAAACUUCAAGAAGAGAAAUGUCUAGAUAUCCCAUCAGUUAAUUCUGAUGAAAAUAUUGAAUCUGCAGUGGUGGAAUUGACGAUCGUAGAGUCAGAGAUAUUUCCUUUAGACACAACAGCGGAUAGUUCGAUCAAUUCUACCAAUGUCAUUGGCAGUAGUGUGGAAGAAACUAUACCUGACCAAAAUCUCGAAGGUGGCAAACUUCAAGAAGAGAAAAGUCUAGAUAUCCCAUCAGUUAAUUCUGAUGAAAAUAUUGAAUCUGCAGUGGUGGAAUUGACGAUCGUAGAGUCAGAGAUAUUUCCUUUAGACACAACCGCAGAUAGUUCGAUCAAUUCUACUAAUGUCAUUGACAGUAGUGUGGAAGAAACUAUACCUGACCAAAAUCUCGAAGGUGACAAACUUCAAGAAGAGAAAAGUCUAGAUAUCCCACCAGUUAAUUCUGAUAAAAAUAUUCAAUCUGCAGGGGUGGAAUUGACGAUCCUAGAGUCAGAGAUAUUUCCUUUAGACACAACAGCGGAUAGUUCGAUUAAUUCUACUAAUCUUCUUGACAGUACUGUGGAAAAAACUAUACCUGACCAAAAUCUCGAAGGUGACAAACUUCAAGAAGAGAAAAGUCUAGAUAUCCCAUCAGUUAAUUCAGAUGAAAAUAUUGAAUCUGCAGUGGUGGAAUUGACGAUCCUAGAGUCAGAAAUAUUUUCUUUAGACACAACAGCGGAUAGUUCGAUUAAUUCCACUAAUGUCCUUGACUGUAGUGUGGAAAAAACUAUACCUGACCAUAAUCUUAAUCAGGAAGAUGCCAAGUCCACAAACGAUGCCCAAGACACUUCAGUUACAGAUGAAAAAUCCUCCACUGACUUAUAUGGUUCAGUUGGCGAAGUAUCACCUUCCAAUAAAAGUGAGGUGCAUACUGAUGAACCACCAAUCGUAAUAUCACCUUCUAAAGAACUGUCAAAAGAGGCAAAAUCUGGUGAUGAGCCCACCGACAAAGACACCUCAAAACCAUCUAUAGAGCUCUCUGAAGAACUUUCCGAAGAAACCAAACCAGAUAAGGUUUCGAGUGCUGCAGAACCGGAUCGACCAGCCACAGAAACUUUGCCGACUCAAAAAGAUACACAAACAGCACAACCCGAAAAGGGAGCCCCUGGCGCAGAGUCUAAGCAACCGUUGCAUGAAUCACAUUCCGAUGAACUUGUAAGAGAAACCAACUCCAAUGAGGUCUCAAUUGAUGGCGAAGUCAUUCAACCAGCCAUUGAGACUUUGCCUUUUAUGGAACAAAAACAAGAACCUGAUGUUUCUACUGAUGCAGAAUCUAAUCAACAUUGCAUCGAAAGUUCGCCUCUCAAAGAACUUUCAGAGGAAACCCAACCUGAGAAGGUACACUCUUUAGAUAAUACUAAACAAGAAGUAAACCCGUAUCCCGUCAAGGAUGUUUUAAAGGAAACAAAAACUGAUGAAUCUAUCCAACCCGUCACCAACAUAUAUCCAACCGAGGAACUUCAAGAAGAAGCUAAACCUGAUGAAUCACCUACUGAAAUUGUUCAAGGAUCCAACGAGACGAAAACUGAUACUAUUAAACCAAUAAUCGAAACAUCACCUGAAAGAGAACCUCCAGUAGCGGCACAUCCUGAUGAGUUGCCUUCUUCUAGUGUAAAGGAUCAAGUAAUUGUCGAAAAGCCAUCUGAUGAAACUAGGACAAUCAUCGAAUCUUCAGGUGACGAGCUACUUUCAGAAGCAGGAACUGAUGAAGUGCCUGAUCUAAGUCAAAUCGAUCAACUAAUAACUGAAAAGUCACCCGCCGAAAAACCGACUGAGAAAGCAAAACAUGAUGAGACUCAGGAAGUCAUCGAAACAUCACCCGGGGAGAAAGAUCCAAUCGAAGCCAGUACUAAAGAGAAUCCAUCUGUUAGUAAAAUUGAUAAUGUAGUUGUGGAAACUAAUCCUCAAACAGAUGAGCCAAUUCCAUCGGAUGAAAUUAAAAACUGCGGGCCGGUAGAUAUGUGCAUCGAUGAGGUCUCUUUAAGCAAUUCCAGUGCAGUAUUUGAGAUCGAACACUCUGAAAAAGUCGCGAUGACUUCUCUAGACUUAGAUACUUCCGCUAUAAGUAAAGAAAAGGAAAAUAUGGAAGCUUUGCCGAAUCACGUCGCUUGUGUUAAUCAGUCUUCUAUAGCGAGCGAUCUUGCUAAUGUAAGCUCAUUAGAAGUAUCAACGAAUUUAUCUCCCAAUACUCGUCUAUGUGGGACAUCAAUGUCACAGAAUGAAAGCGCUCAAAUUGAUGAACAGAAUGAAAACGAUCACGUCGAAGAAUACGUCGCAAUGGAGGCAUCAUCAAAUGAAAUUAUCGCUGCUCAUAAAGAGAGUGAUGAGAAAUUUGAUGAAAAUAUACCUGACGAUACCUUGAGCGUUCUUGAACAAAGUUCACUGGAUGAAAAUGCACUAAUUCAUCAAUCUCUAACGGACCAGAAUAAAGAGGUUUCUAUUAUAGAGGAAUCCGAAGCUGUUGUUUCAGAGGAACCUAAGGAAAGCCAACCAAACCAGGAUUUCAAAACAGAGGUGAUUCAGUUAGAUGCCUCCAUAAUUGUUGAGCAAGAUACACUAGAUGAAGAUACAUCAGUUGGAGAGGAUAAAGAUCAAUCCACAGAAAUGUCUAUGCUUAAAGAACAAACUAAUGCCGACCAAAUAAUAGAUGUUAACUCGAUGGACAAAAAAGAAUCCACAGAUUGUAACCCCAAAAUGGAUUCUGACGAAAAGGACAAUGACGAUGAAGUUAUUCAAUUAGAUGCCUCGAGCUUAGAUGAAAGUUACACAGAACCAUCCGUCUUAGUCGAACAACAUUCAGAUAUGGAGUUGAACACUAAGGAAACGGAGAAAUGCAAUCAAAAUCAAUCUGACGAUGAGGUGAUUUCGUUAGAUUCCUCAGGCAUUGCUGAGCAAUGUCCUUUAAAAGAAGAUUCAAUAAUUGAAGAUCCAAACGAUGAUUCCAUUAUAGAGGGUAUCGUAAUAGAAGACAAUGAUGUAAAAGAAUGUGUGUCUGAAGAGUCAUCUAACCAAAAUGAAGUCACUGAACCAGCAAAUCAUAUUUCAAUUAUAACUGAAGAGCCAUACGAAAAAGAAAUCUGCCCUAAGAUAUCAACUGUAAACGCUGCAAUCUCUUCACCACACCAAGUGGAAUCACAAAAAAUGUACGAACAAAUAAAUCAGGUAGAAACUCUCAUAGGGUGUAACACAUCACACGUAAUAAUAAAUUCAUCAAGUCCCAAUGGGGAACUUCUUAAUGCUUCUUCGGAACGUGACAUUGAGCUUCCUAUUCCAAAAGUGGAAGACGUAUCUGAUGCAAUGCCAGAUUUUCAAUGUGCUCAAGAUGGCGGUGAAGUAGAAAAGGUUGAUAUUAUGUCAGAGGACAUUGCCAAAGACCAGCAACCUCAGCCAGGAGACCCAGCUAAUUCUAGCUCUACAGGCCACGGACCUGAAUCGACAGUACCUCACGAUGAUGCCGUUGAUAAAAUAGAACCUGCCCCAUUCAAUUCUACUAAUUCUUCUGUGGUACCUUCAGAAAACGAGCCACAAGAAGUAGUCAGUAUUAAAGAAUCUGCCGACUUCACAAAAUCAAGUGAAGGUGGAGACGCUACUGAUAAUAUACAAGAAAAAUGCAAUUUACCAUCGGAACGAGAUCAAGAGCAAGAAGAUGGAACACAUAUCAAGCCAGUAUCUGAAGAUAAAUCUCUAACAAAAACAGAGUCCAAUUCUGCAGUUGAUUCGGAUCAGGAAAUGUUAGCCGUUAAAGAUGAUGCUGGGUGUAGCCAGGAAAAAACAUCUGAGAAGCCUAUUCAUAGUACUUCAACAGAUUCCAAAAGUAAAGAUCGAACCGACAUUAUAGUUUCCAAACAAACAAUAUCCCCCGAGCCCACGGAGAUGUCCGGACUUAUCAGCAAGCCUUCAAAACAAGAAGAAAAGUUGACGCAUGAAGAUGAAUCUAAGCCAGUAAAAAGAGUGACCAGAAAGGGAUCUGCUUCCGCGGAUAGUGCGACUGAGGUUGAACGUCCAAAAAGAAUGACGAGGAAACCAUCUGCUGAGGUUUUGGAAAUAGAAGACCGUGGAAGCGAUACUAAGCAAGAAGAUGAUCUCAGCAUUAAAUCUAGGGGACGAGCUAGAAAACCAUCAUCAGAUGUGAAUGAGGACAAAAAGGAAGCUAUUACAGAAAAAAGAGGACGAGUACGCACUGCAUCCGUCGAAGCUGAAACCACAGCAAAUGUCGAACAGAAAGAAAUCCCGGGCCAUAAAUCUGAUGAAGCUCUUAAACCCAUCCUAGAAGAAGAACCAGAGCCAGAAGUUGAGAAAAGAAUCGAGUCAAAUGCAGAACAGGCGAUCAUCAUAGACAAACCCAAAAAACGAUUAAGGAAGGCAUCUUCAAAGGAAUCGGAUACUCCAUUGGAUAAUAAAGAAAAAAUUAAUACGGACUUGGAAGGUGCCAACGUACCUGGAAGUACUCAUUCGAUUAACAGCGAGCAACGAGAUGUUCCAGAGGUGGAAGGCGAUUUAGAAGGUAAAAUAGAAGUGCAGGAAACCAACCAGAAACAGACCACUAAAGAACGACCCAAAAGACGCGGAAGAAAGGCAUCUGCUAAUGAAACGGACGACGCAUCCGAGAAAAUUGAAAAAGCUGAAGAUCAUUUGAAGGCCAUUAACCAAGAUGGAAAGUUAGCAGUUGUUUUACCUACUACAAGCAAUGAAAUAGAGAACACAAAUACAGAAAUUGUAGCAGACUUAGAGCUAAAGCCAAAAAGACGGGUGCGGAAAGCAUCUGCAAAGGAAACAAACACGACGUCGGAUAAAAAGGAAAAGACUGUAGAUAUUUUAGCACCAGUCAUAGAAGUGGAACCCUCGCUGUCCAGUAAAAAGAAUUCGAGUCACUCGGAAUCAAAGGGGCCUGCACCGGUUGCUACUUUGAAUAUAUCCAAGGAAGAACAAGAUCCCGAUAAUGUGCCAAAUGUCUCAUCGGAAAACAGGGCGCCUAAGGAGUCAAAGAAGCAGGAAGAUGUGUCCAAAGAGACAGGUAAUACUCGCGCAGAGAGACCAAAGCGAAGACUUCGCAAGGCAUCCGAAGAUAUAGUCAACGAAGCAAAUGACGCACAUAAUCCUGAAACGGCGGAGGCUUUGGCUUCCGUCCAAGAGGAUCACUUAAAUCUAGCUGAUCAAGAAUUGCCGAAAAAACGUGCACGAAAAUCAGCAGAAUUUAUGGUCGCAAAUGUAGAGGAGCAUGCUAAGGAAGAACACGUUGAAAGACCGAAGCGUAGAGGACGCAAGCCUUCUCAAGACAUUGAUCAUGUUUCCCAAGAUGUUCUGGAAAAACCAAAGCGGAGGGGUAAAACACCAGCAGAUCGUGAAACUCACCCUCUGGGCGAUGAAAAGCAGGAGCCAUCUUUGCCAGUUGUAGAGCCUGCGAAGAAGACCAGACGUAAUGCACGCAAAGCUUCUGCGGAAACUGUUGAAGCCGUUUCAACUAGCGGCGAAGAGCAUCUUGCGCAAAUAAGAGAAGAGGCGACCGAGCCAGUCACAGAAUCAGAACCGGCACCAACUGAAUUACUUCCAGAUGAGGGUGAGGUAAACAAGACCCAGCGACGCGGUCGUAAGCCCACUUUGGAUACGGAUGAGGGGAUUAAAAAGACACCACCAGAGGAUCCAGCUCCGCUUCCCUCUCAUUCACGCAGACGUGGACGCAAAGCCACCGAGGAUGAGGCCUUACCAACUGCAGAUCUGGCUGUGCCGAAAACAAAGCUUCGUGGACGCAGGGCGUCCAUGGAGCCAGAACAUAAGGACGAGCUCCCAGCGGAGUCUAGUUCCGAUGUCGUGGAACUGCCAGCGGCCAAGACAACGCGCCGCGGUAGAAAGCCAAGUGUAGAUAUGAAAGCGACCACACCGGAGAAGAAACCACCAUCUCGACGUGUGCGCAAGGCAUCAGCGAGUGUCGAUGAGGAACAGCCAGUGGCCAAGAAAACGGCAAUACGUCGCGGUCGUAAAAACGAAGCUCAAGACGAGGAAAGAGAACAGAUCGACUUGCAGGACUUGCCUACCGAAAUUGCUUCGGCGCUCGUGGACACAUCGGGAUCCCCUUCGAAGGCUUCCGAUGCCGAAGAACUUACUCCACGCCGCCGAGAGGGACGCAACUUGCCACGUAAAAACUACGAGGAGGCACCGGACGAUGAGAAGCCGCAUUCAGGACUGCGACGGGCACGCAAGCCACCAGCGGCAAGCAAGGCCCUGGCCAACAAGGCGUCAGAGCCAGAUCCAGUUACACCUUUGCCCGUAACCAAUCAACCGCCCGUGAAAGCAGACGAUACACCCGACAACGCAGCUUCUCUUCCGGAGCCCACAACCUCGCAGCGACGCGAAGGACGAAACCUACCGCGCAAGAACUACACGGAGGAUCUGGACGACGAAAAGCCAACACCGGCUCGUAGUCGCCGCGUACGCAACCUGACUGCAAAGGCGCUGGAAUUAAUUGUGGACUCUUCACCGCGGCCAGCGACUCCGAAACGGCCGAAGGGCAAGGCAGCCAACUCUGAGGAGCCACCGGCAAAGAAGGCCACCCCAGAAAUUCCAUCAACAACAGAAGCGUCUGGGCCAGAGCAUGAGCCGAUCCCAGCAACCAAGGGGCGUGGAACUCGUCGAAAGGCCGACGACAGCGAUUUGGAGAAGCCGGAUGUCAAAACAGCCAAAAAGACCGUACGCGGCGCGGGAGGAAAAACCAAAGUCGAGACUGAAACGGAGAAGCAACCACCCAUCAAAAAGCCGCGGGGCGGAGCUCGUGCCAAAACACCAUCGGAGGAGGCUCCUCAGGAGGAGGAACAGGCAAAGAAGCCUGCCCCUCGCAGUCGAGCAAAAGGCGCCAAGGCAGUAGAACCGGAGCAGCCCGCCGAGGUUCCCCAAGUCGAAGCCGGCUCCUCCACAUCGACGGCGGCAGUUCGAGGUGGCCGAGGCCGGAAGGUACACUUUGAGACCGCGCCGGAGACCUCUGCUGUUGAGGGUGCGCCACAGCGCGCAACUCGGUCACGACGAAAGUAAUAUCACAUCUAUUUCAUUCAUAAGCUUUGUACUAAUCUGUAUAAUUUUUUGAUUUAGUUUUUAAUCUAAAAUAUUAAAUGAAGUAAUUUUACGUUAACUUGUGUAAAAAAAAAUUCAUUUAUAUAUUAAUUAAUGAAGGCGUGUUAUUUUUUAAUUUCUCUUGUUAAUCAACCCAUUUCGGUGGGAUAUCGUUGGAAUGGCUCCCCUCGCUCAGAACAAAAACUAACCUUAAUAGAUUUAAGGCAUUUAAAAAUAUUAAUACAUAUAUAUACAUAGUUUAUCACUUAAGGCAUUAUCAGAACUCCCCAAAAAUAAUAAAGUUUCGUAAACCAA